AUGCCUGCGAAUGAGCAUGCCGUCGCCUCCUCCGCUUCGUCCAAACCACCAAGCCCAGACCGCAAUGUAAAAAGUGUAGUAUUGGGCAAUAUUCGUUUCAAGACCUGGUUCCACUCACUAUAUCCAGAGGAGCUGGUUGGAAAGGACACGGACAGAGUUUACGUCUGUCGCUGGUGUUUCCGGUACUCAUGCGACAAGGACGCGUAUCUAGGCCACACCCGCUUUUGCGAGCACAGGUCCAGCCCUCCUGGCACCAAAGUCUAUGAUUGGCGGGGGUAUUCCGUGUGGGAAAUCGAUGGAGAGGAUCAUAAGCUCUACGCGCAGAACCUGUCAUUGUUUGCCAAACUCUUCCUGGACCACAAAUCCGUUUUUUUCGACGUAUCCUCCUUCCUCUACUAUAUCCUCGUCUUCACCAACCCGCAAGACGCCAAUGAUUAUCAUGUUCUGGGAUACUUCUCAAAGGAGAAAAUGUCGUGGGACGCGAAUAACCUAGCCUGUAUCUUGAUUUUUCCCCCUUACCAACAUAAGCAGUUAGGCAAGCUGCUGAUGGGUGUAAGUUACAAACUUAGUGCGUGGGAGUGGGAAGGAGGAAUUAUUGGCGGCCCAGAACGGCCACUUAGUGAGAUGGGACGGAGGAGCUAUGUAAGAUUUUGGGAGGAGAGGAUCUCGAGGUUUUUCCUGCUGGGUCCGCCUGGUGCUGAACCUUAUGGCCGCAAUAUUGCAUCUGCAUCCACAUCAUCGUCGUGGUCGCCAAGGCCGAUGGGUGGUGGCUCAAAGGGUGCGAAAAGGAAAGCUGCCUGCGAGGAGAUGACGAUUCGCGAAAUCGGCCAGGCAACAGGAAUGCUGGUUGAGGACGUCAUUACGGCACUCAAAGAGAUGGGGAUCGUGGAGCCGGAAAAGCCGGGAAAGAAGCGUAAAAGAGCUCCCUUGUCGUCGACAGCAACUACGACGACAGCAACUGGGGUGGUAGAUAGCGAUGCUGCUGAAGCGGUAGUGAGGAAACAAAGUGUCUUGGAGUGGGCUAAGAUUCAUCGAGUUGACUUGAAGGAUCCCGUUGCGGAAGAAGGGUUUUUGGGUGAAUGGGCGCCUGAGGAUGAAGACCAGGAAGACGAGGAGACGGAUAGUGGAGAUUGA